GGGUUACUACUAAACCAAGCUCAGACUGACGAACGAUCUUUGAGAGACGGACGGCUCUAUCGCACAGCUUGUGCGGGAUUAUUACGCGCUGCGCGGUAUUUACUCUGUGUAAUCAAUGGAUUUUAUUAUUUUUUAAUUAAUUGUGUCUUGUAAAGUUAAUUGUGUACAGCCAAGUGUUAUUGUGACUUCUUUCCCGCCAAGAAGUUAUGAGGAGAUAAACUAUCAAUAUAACGAUAACGAAGUCUUCUAUCAUCUAUUUGAAGCGAUAGUUAUAAGAAGUAACAAUGAAACGACUACAAAAAUGCUGUUGCUGUGCAUCAACGCGCACCGGUACCUUGAUCACCGCAGUGUUGGGGAUCAUUCUAUCCAUUGCGACUAUUAUAACAGUAUGGGUUGUCGAGAAACACAAAGUAUCCUUCAGCACAUUCAUAUUUGAUGAUGAUUUUGAUAAAAAACUUUCAGAUUUAGACAUUCCGAGAAUUAUACUAACAUUGAACCUGUGUUUUACAAUUUUAAUAUGCUCGCUUCUUAUCGUAGCUGUUCUUAAGAGACGCUCGUGGUUGAUGCUACCAUGGGUGGUGUUGGGUAUUGUAUUAGCUAUAGGACUGUUAAUUAGCGUGCUUCACACCUCCAUUACAUACUACCUCAUGGAGGACAAAACUGAAGAAAAAGAAGAACAUCGCGGUCAUGUCGUAUUGGCCACUGCUAUACUCAUCGGAGGACUUAUAUACUUAUGUUUAUAUUUAUACUUGUGGGCAGUAGUCUUCAGCCACUAUUUGGAUGUGCGUGAUGAAGAGGAACGUGGAAGAUAUCGCAAAGCUCCGUAUCGUAGAUAAAGUACAAAUAAGUCACAUUCUCACAUAAUGAUUAUCAAUAGCAUCAUAUGAAGUAUGAUCUCGAUGUGUUCAUUAUAAAGUCAGCGCACGUAAAUACACGCAAAUUAGACUGAUAGGUUUUUAAACCUUAAAUUUAAAACACCGUAAAACUUUACAAAUGUUAUAAGUAAUAUAUAAUAUACUUAAAUUAUUGUAUAUAUUAUGGACCAAGGGUACUGAAGACAUUAUACAGAAUGCUAGGCUAAUAUAAAUAACAAAAUCGAAUCAGGCUGAAUAUGCCAAUUAUAAGUCUGACUCUACAUGUUGUCUCAAAGUUCUCGACGUAACAAACAUACCACAACUAAGGGAACUGGGCUACUUCUUUUGACACCAUCUUAGAGUUCAGUAGGCGUCCACUAAUAUUUUAUAAUAAAAUUAUAAUGAAGUGAAGUGAUCGCCAGUGUAUCUUAGAUGCAAUAUAUAUUUUUAUUAUUUUGUUCGAUCAAUAAUAAACAUUAUUCAUAAAACCAAAAUAAUUUAAUUAUGUAAAUUAAUCUAAUAUAUAAUAUUGCUCCUUUAUUUUGCAAACUGUCCGAAUAAUAUCAAUAAUGUCAUAUUAAGCACUCGGUUCAUAAUAUAUCCUAAUAAUAAAAGCGCAAGGAUUGCAUUGUUGUUCUUUCAUCUGAAGCGUGAAUAGGUUAACUAUUUGCAAAGAAAGUAUCGAUACUUUUGAAUUAAUACUCGGAGUUAAAUAAUAAUAUAAUAAUCUUUUUAUGGAUGAUGACAGAUUGAGACACCCACCUCUGCUAAUGGUAUAUGAUCAAUGUAGAAUGGAAUAAUUAGAUCAGUUGGCUGUUAUGGUGAAAUUUCUUAAGAACCACAACGGCCUUUAAAGAGAAUUUUUUUAUCAAAGACCGUGUACAUCUAAUGACUAUAACUUCUAUCGAUGACAACCACCGUGAUCAUUGAUCAUAUGUGGACAUUUUUAAUUGACUCCAUGAAGAAGUUUUUUAUUUAAUAUCUUAUUAUAUUAGACCGGCAUCGUAUUAACAACUUCCCUGGUGUUGUUAGUGUCCAUAAACUGCGAUAAGCACUUACUAUCUAGUAAACCGUAUGAUUGUGUGUCGCCAUUUCACAUAAAAAAGUCAGAAGAUUGUUCUCUAAAUUCUUUUGCAAUCGAUAGGGUUUACUCUAACACGGUCACGAUAGAAGUCAAGUCUAUGGUACUUAUGGAACAAAAUAUUUAAAACUGAUAGAUUAUAAAACAAUGGACUCGGCAGUAAUCAUACGGUUAUUAUUAAAAUUUAUUAUAAUUAAUUUUAAUCAUCGGUAAUAUCAUAACAUGCAUUAUAAUUAUUCUAAGGUUCUGGUUUCAGCUAUGAAUUAUAAAAUCGAAUACCGAUGAAUUUUUUAAUAAUUUACCGAUCAGAGAUCAAUAAUAUUUAUUGCCAUUAAAAGUAAUUUCAAACUUUUUUGUUUUUAAAUUAUUUUAAUAAAGAUAUUAAUUCCUAAUAAUGUAAAAUAUUAUUGAAAUAAACAGUUAUUAGAUCUAUUCAUAUUAUAAAUGUAUUCAGUAUUAACUGAUAAUAAAAAUUUGAGCCUCCAUUAAAUGUGUGCCUUAUAAAUAUAUGUCUAAUGUAUUUAAAGAAAAAAUAAAUAAAUAAAAUCCAUAUUUUGCAGAAAUUUUCCAUAUUUAUAACUUAAUUUUAAGCUUUAAUUAAAUUUUAUUAUAAAUUUGUGUCUAUUUUUCUCUAAGUUUGAGGGACGAUCCUAAAAAAAUAUUGUAAAUACCUGUAAAGUUUGUAAUGUAAAAGAGCACCUGUCUGUAGUCACUAUUCCAUGUUAUAAAAAUAUAGAUCUGAACUUAGGGACUUCGUAAGGAAUAAAUUAAUAAAUGUUAUUUAUGAACCUGUUACACCUUGGACGAGUCCAUUAGAUUAUGUUGUUUUAUAUCUAAUCAAUUAGAAUAGAUAUAAGUUACCAGAUAAAAUUCUUUUAACAAUGUAUAUUUUAAUUUAUUUACUUAUAAUAUAUAUUCUUUUAUACGUCUGUAAUGUGCAUAUAAAAUUUUAAUAAAUGUUUAGAUAUAA